AUGUCACACACAAUACCCCAAGUCCGCAGACGUACGAAGCUCAGGUCGUCCGGAGUCAGACCAGAUUCUAAUGUCGUUCGCGCGUCGGUUUUCGAGACUGCCCUUGAGCUUGGGAUCCACAAUUCCACUGUCGCGAAUUGGAUAUUCAAUAGUCCCUUGCCUGAGGAGGUAGAAGAAUUGGAGGAUAUCCCUCCUGAAACGGAGGCAGAAGAGAUCUUGACUCCUGCCCUCACUUUUGGCUCGCAUACUGCGAGUGAUGAUUCGUCAACGACGUCCUCCCCGCAAAACAACGUUGCAUCCGCAAGGCAGAAUCACAUGCACAAGCCGAGCGUGUUCGAACCUCCCCACGUGCAUUUCGAUGAUUUUGCUUCCGCGCAGCUGAUGCUAUCAUUGCCUCCGCUGAACGCGCCAGUCAAUGAGAGGGAGCGGGCCGGAAUGAGGAUAUCGCACGUCAAAACCGACCGCAAAUGUGCCACGCCGAGUUCCGCAAAGUCUGAAGCGGGCUAUGUGAGCGAUGGUCAAUAUCUUUCUGACAGCGCUGGUUUCAAAAAGUCUGGCAAACUGAAAGGAAAAGGCAAGAAAGGAAAGCCACCAGCCUUGGACUUGCGCCCCGGACCUGAUGAAGCGCCCGGUUAUUCUUCGGAUGGAGGAUAUCUCUCUGCGUCAUCAAGCAAGUCGCAAGGGAAGGCUAGUAAGGGCAAAUCUCGGGCAAUGGCUUUCUUUCGAAGGAAGCCAAAGAAGCAGCGAGCCAGCGAUGAAGAGGAUGAUAACUACAUACCACCAGUCCCCGCGAUGCCUCCAAUGGCAGUUCCUUCGAGUCCAAGACCUUUGAAGCAUCUUAUCGCAGCACCUGCAUCCCCUACGCGAUCUGGCUUCACUCCUCUGACGCUGAACUUUAAUACCUCAACUCGAUCGUCAAGUCCUGUCUUGCACUCAAGAAAAGACCGCGCUAGUCCCCCAGUUGCUCGAGUAGCAACGCCUUCCUCUGCAACUCCUCGACCAUUCGAACAGACGGUAAAUUCCACGCCGUCGCCUUCACCUUCGCCUGUGCCUUCGUCUACACCUGCUGUCGCUCUUCCGUCUAUGCUGGUAUCUCACGCACCGACUUCCAGUGCACCCCUUAGUGUGGUAUCACCUCCUAUCUCACAGGCUCCUGCAACUCCCGUCCGUUCAUCUCCAACUCCAAUCGCCUCUCCCCGGCAUAUCCCUAUUCGACCCGCGGCUCCUCCACCUACGCAGCCAUUGCCACAGCCGCCUCCGUCUCCCAUACCAUCCACGCCGUCACGAAAGGCCCCUGGACCACCACCCACGCAAGCACUGCCUCCAGUGCCAGCGCGUCCGCUCCCCGUCCCACCGUCUACGCCGACGACGCCCUCGCGGAGACUGCCACCUUUCCGACCGGUUGCAAUACCUGCGCCUACAGCUCCAUUAGUUCCUCGCCGACAUCCGCAAGCUCAGCCGCGGGUUCUGUUUUCUCCUCGUCCACAGCCGUCACAUAGCGCAUCUGAUUCAGUUGUGCCGCAAUACACGCAUGACAAUGGUGAGGCGUCACCGAGGAGGUACCAGAGCUACAGCGCUGUUCCUAGUGAUGACAACCCUGAGAGCCACCCUCCGAAGCAUGGUGGUAUGGUAGGGAGACAGCAUUCGGAGAUGCAGCCACCACCAUUUCUACAGCGGCGCAUGCAUGGGAUGCAGGGAUCCCCGCGGCACCCACCCCCAGAUUCACCUCUCCCACAGGUUCCGAAUACGCGGUCUAUGCAUGCUCCAGUGUUCCCCUCGAAAUUCCACGAACACUUUUCGUCGGUGUCGUCAAUGGGAUAUCCUUCGCCUGCUCUGCGCAGUACAAGUGGGUCUGGCUCCUCGUCUGACCCGUCUGUUCGCUCUAUACGCUCCUCCAAUGCGCCGUCAGUAUCUACUUCUGACAGUCACGGACACUCGAGUCGUCAUUCGGGAGGGGUUGUAGAUACGCGCCCAGAAACAAGAACUUCCUCACGGUCAGGGUCCAGUUACGGGAAGCAAAUUACGGCCAGCAUCCCUCUGGCACACUCACAUUCGUCUAUGCUCGAUACCCGGAGCGACUUCAGUGCCAGCGUCUAUGAUGAGCGUUCGAGCACGUACAACGAGGAGGGAGGAAAUGAUCCCAAGGGCGCACAGGCUGACGACGAGGGUGACGAUGAUGCAUCGUUCUAUCCCUCAGAUGAGCAGACGGCUGGUAGGCGUACGAUGUACCUGGUGGAAAAUGGCCGGGGUAUGGAUGAUGACGGAGAUACGUUCCCGCCCGCAUUACCGCCCCUGGUAGGAAGAUACUUUUAACUGACUUUGGGAUAUGUUACCG